GGAAACGAGCCAGCGCUAUCAACACUGCUGCCCCGAGGGCUCUUCCUACUCAAGUCCUGGGAGCCACAGAGGAAUCUUGGGAAUACCACGGCAAAAUGAAGAACACUAUUGAUUCGAAAACAUUUCCGAGGUUUUCUUUUUUAUCGUUUGUGUCUCGAUAAACUGGUUGACGGAUCGUACCUUCAUUUCCAGAUCAGGACACCGAUGAAAAUAACAUCAGACACCGCAAGUAGAUUAGCAGCGUUUAGAUAAAAACCUAUCUUGCCUUUAAAAUAAUAAAUAGCUAAUAAACAAGGGACGUCAUGCAGGGACGACAGAAGUGCUUAACCUUUAGUUUUACAACGAUGUAUAGACUUAGCUAAAUAAGAAUUUCGGAUUACUGGUACAAAACACGCCUGUACGCGCUUCAGUCCGGAUUCGACCCGCAAGCUUCAUCCCGGUUCUGCAAAGAAACUCAACCCAAAGUGUUGAAGAGCUCCAUGCAUUCAAAAAGGGAGAGGAGAGGAGCGCUGUCCCGUGCUGGAUGGAUGGUUAUGGGGAAAGGAGCAGCACCAUCGGCGCUACAAGUCUGCCAGUUCGUUGUUGUGUUUCUCUGUCUGUUUCCAGCAGCAACUCUGCAGUGUAAGAUCCUCAAGUGUAACUCCGAGUUCUGGGCCUCCACCUCCAGCUCUGGCCCAGAAGAGGAGUUCUGCACUGCGCUGCGAGCGUAUAACAACUGUGUCCGUCGCACUGCCCGUACGUGCCGGGGUGACCUGGCCUACCAUUCAGCCCAACAUGGUAUAGAGGAUCUUAUGAGCCAACACAACUGCUCCAAAGAAGGGCCCACUACACAGCCUCGUGCCCGCACACCACCGCCCCCGGUCCAGCCACCACCGGACGUCAACGUUCCCUCCGACAGGCCAGAGGUGUGCCAUUACGAGCGGAGUCUACCACGUAAUGCUGCGCCUCCCAAUUACACUCACUGCGGCUUUUUUGGGGACCCACAUCUCCGCACAUUCAACGAUGACUUUCAGACCUGUAAAGUUGAGGGAGCCUGGCCACUGAUUCACAAUAAGUACCUGUCUGUGCAGGUUACGAACACUCCUGUUGUGCCUGGAUCUUCCGCUACGGCUACUAGCAAGCUAACAAUCAUCUUCAAGAACUUUCAAGAAUGUGUAGACCAGAAGAUGUACCAUGCGGAGACUGACGAGCUUCCUGCUGCAUUUGCUGAUGGUUCAAAGAAUGGAGGCGACCGCCAUGGGGCCAACACCUUACGCAUAGUAGAGAAGGUGCCUGGACAACACGUGGAGAUCCAGGCACGCUAUAUCGGCACCACUAUUGUAGUUCGGCAGGUUGGCCGCUACCUCACCUUUGCGGUGCGGAUGCCAGAGGAGGUUGUGAAUUCGGUGGAGGACCAGGACAACCAGGAUCUUUACCUCUGCCUGCAUGGUUGCCCUGCAAACCAGCGAAUAGACUUCAGGACCUUCAGAGCACGGGCGGCAGAGAGCCAAGUCUUAGGCAGGGGACGGCCAGGUGCUCCUAUUAAUGGCUUCACAUACCAGUCAGCCAUGGCCAAGUGCAAAGAACGUCUACCAGUUGAGGAUUUGUAUUUCCAAUCCUGUGUUUUUGACCUGCUAUCUUCUGGGGACAUCAACUUCACCCUGGCGGCCUACUACGCCUUUGAGGAUGUUAAAAUGCUCCACUCCAACAAAGACAAGUAUCACCUCUUUGAAAAGGAUACAAUAUUCAACUCUGCCUCAGAAAAAAGGGGUUUUAGUGUCCUAAUCCUCAUCAGCCUUGUUAUCAUACUGUUGUGGACUGACUCGUUUUCCAUUCGUCUGUAGUCCCCAUUGGACAUCCUUGUUAGAUGGUUGUAAGAUGCUGUAUGCAUGUGAAAUGCUGCUCUCACUGUGUUGUGUUCCAUCUACCAGAGGCUGGGCUUCUCAGCUAGAGCCUGAGCUUCUGCUGAGGGCUUUCACACUUGUGUGUCUUGUGUCACACCAUGGACUCAUCUCUCAUCAUCAUCACAUAUGUUCAUUCAUCAGGCCUGAGCAGAAGCGUUCCUGGAGAUCCACCCAUCUCUGUGGUCAUCCUGCUGAUCUCAUAAGUGCUUCAUGACAGAGAACGCAGCGCUGAGAGGUCCUGAGACCCGAGUCAGAUUAAACCACCCUUGUUCCCACCAGGGUGAUGUGCCACUGACAGGAGUGAGAGGGGGAUGAUCCUUUGCAGAAAGAAGAGCUUGGAGAUGUUGUCUCCCGGAGCCAGGCUGGAGGACAUGACAGGAGCUUUUAUUAAUGGAGGGCCGGCAGGAGUUCUCUCUUUGAAGAAGCUCCAGCUUCGGAAAAAUGUUAGCUUUCUAGAGAAAACCUCCUGGCCAAGGCCAUGUCAGACUAGUAAAUCAUGUUGUCUACAGAGGAGAUUAACAGGCCAUAACAUCAGGCCUUUUGUAUAGUUUGUCUUAUGUGUGUGUGCAAAAGAAAGAUGUGUUAUUUUGUGUGUGUGUG